CUGUUUUUGCCUCCCCAGCCUUCAGAAGGCGGGUGGGAGUUAGCGGGUAGGCGAGGCAAUGUGGGUGGGACAGCCUUGUGGUCCUGUGUGGGCUGGACUAAUGGCUUCGGCUGGCCAUAUCCGGGCUGUAGUUUGAGAACCCCUGUAGUAGAGCAUGAAGUAUGGCUGCGAUUUCCUCUGUUUCAUACGGGACCAAAAUAUGCCAUUUUUCUACUGAUUUUAAUUGAAAGGCCUGCUCCUAGUUUCCAGUUCUAUAAGCAUAAUUUUAACAAUAUUAGCCAGAAUUAACAUAAAGCUCGUGGCUCCCACGUAACACCUCUCCUGCGCAGACUGCACUGGCUGCCUGUGGCCUUCCGGGUGCGCUUCAAGGUUUUGGUAAUGAUCUUCAAAGCGCUCCAUGGCAUAGGGCCGGGCUACUUACGGGACCGUCUGCUGCCACCGAAUGCCUCUCACCGACCCGUGCGCUCUCACAGAGAGGGACUCCUCAGGGUGCCGUCGGCCAGGCAGUGCUGACUGGCGACACCCAGGGGAAGGGCCUUUUCUGUGGGGGCUCCCACCCUCUGGAACGAGCUUCCCCCAGGACUUCGCCAACUUCCUGACCUUCGAACCUUCCACCGCGAGCUUAAGACACAUCUAUUUAUUUGCACAGGACUGGACUAGAAUUUUUAAAUGUUUAAAUUUUAAAUCUGGUUUUAAUGGGGUUUUAUUAUUUAUAUCUCUAUUUUAAAUAUUCGGCCUUAUGUAAUAAGUUUUUUUAAAUUAAUGUUUUACUCUGUAUAUAUAUAUGUUUUUAUAUGGCUGUAAACCGCCCUGAGUCCCUAGGGAGAUAGGGUGGUAUAAAAGUGUGAACAAUAAAUAAAUAAAUAAAUAAAUAAGCUUAGAGAAAUAAAUUCCUCUUUGAUUUCUCAGAAACACCUUUUAUUUGGGGAAGGGGAGAUUUUCCUGUUGAGAAAGGGUUUGAAAUCCAUUAUAUAGCAAUACUUAGAUAACUAAACAAGUACAAACAGAAACAUUAAUAGAAGUUUGUAAUACUCCUCAUUUAGAUCUAACUUUUAAAAAUAGCUACAUUACUAUAAAUUCAGUUGUACUGCCAAUACAUGUAGAUCAAACCCAUAAUUAUAUACAUAUAGCAGAAACAGAUAUUUUGAGGUACACCAAAUUUGUAGGAUUCAACUAAAGCUUGCUAGUGUGUCAUGGCCCAGGACUCAGACUGUGCAUCUGAUUACAAAGAACCUAUUCGAGCUGAACCUGUUGAAUGAUAAGUGUCCAGGAUUUAAUCGCACGAAGCUGUUCAAAAACAUGCACCACUUGAACAGCUGGAACAGUCAGAGGAGGAGGACAUAAAGUCUGCACUCAGUCAGUAAGGAGGAAAGCAGAGUUGUCUACGAAACUCCUUGCCAAGCAAGGGAGUAACUCUUAAUUAGUGACAGCUGGCUGCGGCCUGAUUUAAGAGGCAGCUCUGACCCAAGUUCUUUUGCUGGAAACAAGUGGUUGAUCUCUAACUCAAGUGACAUUUGUGUGGAUUCUGCCAAUAAAAUUCUGACUUCUGGACUGACUGACAACUCUGACUUAUAUCCUUUCAUACAUAUUAUGGGUUAAACUAACAAAACCUGUAUUUAUUGUGCCAAUGGAAGAAAACUUCAGCUUACCUGGAAAUUCCGUACAAACUUCAAUCGUAUACUGAGAAAAGGAUUAUUAUCCUAGAUCACUGACAUGAAAUCAAUUAUAGGUUAUAUUUUGGAUACUUACAAUAGGCUAUUGUAGCAUAUGAGAACAAUGAGACAAGAUUAUUUUGGAAAAGCUAGAAGAAUAUGCCAAUUAUGUCAACUGUUUGACUAGCGAACCCAAAACAAGUAAAUACUCUCGAGAGCUUUGAAUUCCCAAAAGUAAAACUUUAUUAGAUAACACCAUUUUGGUACUGAAGAAUCAAAACCAGUUCUAGUUUUUUCACACAAAUGUUUGCCUAGAUAGCAAUAGCUUCCCUUUCUCCCCAUUCUUGGGUGAUCAUAUUGUCCAUUUAUGAGAUAUCUUUUUGUUAUGGGCUCUUCUCAAAUACCUGCAAUGGUGACCAUGAUGGUUUCCAGGCUCUCUUGAUCGGUGCACAAAUUCUCAGUACUCCAUUCCAUCCUUCCCUCCCCCCAGUUCAUUGGCAAGUUGAAUAGUGAUAAGGUUUGAAAGAAGCAAAGCACCCUGUGGAAGGUUUUAAACCAGAGGUUAAAAUGGCAGAUCACCUUUGGUAGGGUUGCUAAGCUGCUAUAUGUUAAAAGACUUAGUUGUUGUAAGCUAAAGAAAGGUUCAAUAUCAAUUUUUAGAAAUGCACAAGGUAGCUGUGACCUGAAGCAAUUAUGCUGCAGUUUUUGCAUUAAUAAUGUGAAUUGUUAAUUUUAGUUGAUAUAUUAAAAUAAGUAAAAGAACAAACUCUUAGCAUUACUUAGGGGCUAAAGUUGAGAAUGUAUAUUCAAGAAUACAGUCAAAGGGCUGAGGUGGAGAAUGUAUAUUCAAGAAUAAAGUCGAAGUCAUCAAUACGCACAAAGUCUUCUGUUUAUUUUAAUGUCAUGGGUUGAUGGGGUUUGGACAAUACAAAUACAAUACAUUCUAGUAAACUCAUGUUUUAAGGGGAAGCAUGCUAUAACAUACAGUAUUAUUGCAAAAAUACCUUAGUAGAAAUCAAUGUUUUUACUAUUCCAUCAUUUGCUUCACACGUCUAUUGAGAUACUUUGCCAAUACAUAUAUGGGUAACUAUUUAAAAUACGCACUCAUAUCAACUUUCAGUGUAUUAUAGGAGAGAGCACAAUAUAUUACAAGGAAAGUGUAUUGCUAUAUUUCCACAUUCUUACAAGGUGAUUUGAGUAACAGUAUUUACUAAAAAGAAACAGGUGGUGGGCAUAAAUGUUCAUUUGCAGCUGUUUAAAUUAUUAACACUUUUCUUUUUAACCUGAUGCUUCUGCAGACACAUGCACUUCAACUAGUCUGCCUUAGCACAAUGACAGCCAAUCCUUUCAGCUCUAUACUUUUUCCACCAGCCGCUAUCCUUCUUUGAAAGACAUUUGAAACAUGCACUUUGUCUCAGGCGGCAACAAAGGAAUCAACAAAAGCACGGAACAAGGCAGAAAUGUAUUUCCAUUACUUAGUCUGGCUUUGGUUUGCUCUUUCACACAGUGAUUCUAAAAUCUAUCAAGCCUGCAAGAAAAUCUGUUUUUGCAAAGAAGGGACAACAUUUGUGAACUGUUCAGGAGUUCAUGCUCUGGUGUCCAAUCUAACGUUCCCCCAUGAUGCAGAACACUUGGACCUUUCUCAAAACAACUUGCAUUCUAUUCCUUGGAAAUCUCUAAGUUCCCUAUGGAAGUUGCAGAUUCUCCUUUUGAGCAGCAACUCCAUCCACAAAGUUGGAGAAAGAACAUUCAUUUCACUGGGCAGGCUUCACAAGCUUGAUAUUGGUAGAAAUGAUAUCUCAUUUCUUGGCAAAAGUUUUUCAGUGGGUCUUACUUCUCUCCACGAACUUAUUUUGGCCUACAAUAAACUGCAGGAACUACAGUACAAGAGUUUUCAAUACUUUGAAAACCUUCAGAAGCUGAAUUUGCAAAAUAAUAAUAUUUCCUCCAUAGAAAUGGGGACUUUCCGCAGUCUUACUCGCUUGAGGCAACUUUACCUUCAGAACAAUUGCCUUCAUGCCUUACAUAAUAGAUUAUUUUCUAUGCUGCAACACUUAGAGAUCCUGAACUUGGAAGGUAAUAUGAUAAAAACUAUUGCUCCUGGAGCCUUUAUUCCAUUAAGCCACCUUACAAUACUUAACUUGAUCCACAAUAAAAUUGAGCAUAUUAAAUUCAAAACAUUAUUAUCUUUGCAAACCCCUGGAACUCACAUCUUACUCUCAGACAAUCCUUGGUUCUGUGACUGUGAUCUUCAGAGAGUUUUUGCAAAACUGCAUAGUGUAAGGAGACUGAUAUUGGAUGAUUAUUUUAACAUGACAUGCAUGGAGCCCCAUCUUUUGAGAAACCUGCCUCUGUCAUCUGUAGAUACGGAGCUUUGUACUGCUGAGACAGUGACUGUUCUUGUUAUAACUUUUACUGUCUUUGUAACUGUGGUAGCUGCCAUUGUAAUGGCUGAAAGAAACAGAAAGAAAAGGGCUGAGAAACGCUGGAAUGAGGAUAGUGAUGUUUCUUAUAAUGCUCAAAACUGAUUAAAUAUUUGGUAGUAGGAAACUCUGCUUGAAUAUGCUACUUAAUUUAGCUAUAUAUAUUAGAACCAUUUUCAGACAUGCAAUUCUGAAGGUGUGAAGAGGAUACAUGUGUCUCUCCCUCUUAUCCUGUUCAUCGGGGCAAUGUAUUGAGUCAAUCUAUCAGCUAAGUCAAUCUAUCAGCUGAAAAAAUGCUUUCAACAUAAUUUGGACUUUAAAUGUCUUCUUAGGAGUUCUGACUAAAAGUUCUCAUCCAUACUGCAAUCUUCAUCCAUUGAAGCUGACUUCUUCAGAUGUAACUACAGCAAUCGCACUGGCAGCCACAGGGUGUUGCUAAUGCUGUGACUAAUAUAGAGCUACUAAGAAGAUGGAAUAGACAGGUGCAUUUCUUCAGGAACAUUAUGUGGUCAAAUUAAACAUGAAACAACAGAAUCCAUUUUUAUAAUAACAUAAAAGAUAGAAAUGUAAUGAUUGCAGCAUUAUUAGCCAGCUUUUGUCUGUUCUAAAUAA